AUGAAAUACAAAAGAGAAACAUAUAAGAAGAAAAAAACAGAUACAAAGGACAGAAUAGAAAAAGGAAAAGGAAAGAGCAAAGGAAAAGGAAAGGGUAAGGGAAAAGGAACGGAUAGAGUUGAUGAGAUUGCUGAUGAUACCGUCGAUGAAAAUGACGGUAAUGCUGUAGAUUCAGAUGACGAGAGUGCGAUUUGUUUAGAGUGCACUGAAUCCUACGUCGUUAGUGUUCCAGGCGAACAAUGCAUAACUUGUAAGUUAUGGGCUCAUUCCAAAUGUGUAAGAGGUGAUCUAAUGUUUUUUGAAUGCAAACAUUGCGCUUCUGAUAUUGAAGACCUAUAUUAUAAUAUAUAA